AUGGACGUGAAGAUCCUUCGUGGACAAGCUAACAAUGUCCUCUUCAUGGAAUGCUCCAGCAAGUUCGUCGAUCUGGUCAUGGCGCUCAUGCGUGCACCGAUGGGGGAGAUUAUCGGAGUCAUCUCGAAGGAGCCUACUGCCGUGGAUGGUCCGCUUCCAGGUUCAUUGUUGUGCGGGUCAGUGGCAAGUUUGCAGAAGCGUUCAGAGCUCUUCAACACCAAACCAGCACCUCCUGAGCACACCAACUUGGAGGACCUUUUAGAAGUGGAUAACGCGAAUCAACCCAUACUCUUUCUGCAUGGGUGUCACUGCGAAGGCACAGCCAACGGGAAAACUGUCAAGGUGAUCAGCAGAAGCAACAAUUGGACCAGUAAUGCCGUCUUCAAGCUUGGGGACCAGCAGGAUUUCGAGGUCAAGAUGACGAUGCAUGACAGGACCAAGAAUAUGAUGCUUGGUAUUGCACCCAGAAAUAUCUCCAUUCAUACAGCGCAGCUUUACACAUUCGACGGGUAUUUCCUUGAAUUAGGUGGACCUGGAAAAAAAAGCCUUCCUGUAUGA